CAAGACAGGUGCUGGAACCACUGAGCCAAAUCCUCGGCCUAUAUUUGCUUUUAAAACUUGUAUUUUGGUUUAUAGUUAGGACCUCAGGCAAGAAAUGGUUAGUUUUUAGGUGGAUUUUGUUUUUGGCUUGCUAUAAACAUUCUUCAUGCAGGGUUGGGGAUUUAGCUCAGUGGUUUCACCGCCUGCUGUGCAAGCGCGAGGACCCAAGUUCGAUCCCCGAUACCAAAAAAAAAAAAAUUCUUCAUGCAUUUCUGCAGUGAAUUUAGUUCCUGUUUAUCUUGUUUGAACCAUAUUUUUAAUGGAAUAUUUAAGCAGAUGAAUAAGGGCAGUGUUUACAACCUAGCCCACAGUCUAUCCCUUCCAGUUUGUUGUGGGCACUGGUAGAAAAUGUUGGUUAUAUUGCAGAAGGAGCUCAUCCACUAAUCCUUUCUCCUACUUCGGUGCCUCCAGGGAGUCUACUUUCAGCAACUGGCUCUGCAGGGGAGACUGACGUCAUUUUCCCAACGGCUGUGUUCAAAACCACCCAAAGGGUUUGAAAAAGUCUUUAAGAGGAGUGGAAGAAACACAGACUCUGACAAAUCAGCAGCUCCAAGAAAAGAAACUGGUGAGCCAAAGAAUGCUGGGCCUGGAAGAGAUGGAGGCAAGAGAGGAGGGCCGGGGCAUAAUUUUGCCUGGUGGAAACGGAUGCAGAAGGGAGAGUUUCCCUGGGAUGACAAGGAUUUCCGAAAUCUGGCCGUUUUGGGGGCAGGUGUUGCUGUGGGAGUUUUCUACUUCUGUUUUCGAGAUCCUGGAAAAGAAAUCACCUGGAAGCACUUUGUGCAGUAUUACCUGGCCAGAGGCUUGGUGGACCGGCUAGAAGUCGUGAACAAACAGUUUGUGCGGGUUAUUCCUGCCCCAGGGACCUCUUCUGCGAAGUUUGUGUGGUUCAACAUCGGCAGUGUUGAUAUCUUUGAGCGGAACCUCGAGUCUGCUCAGUGGGAGCUGGGGAUCGAACCCACCAACCAGGCCGCAGUGGUCUACACCACUGAGAGUGAUGGCUCUUUCCUGGGAAGCCUGGUGCCUACCCUUCUUCUGGUUAGCAUCCUUCUCUAUGCUGUGAGGAGGCACUCGAUGGGGGCCGGGCGCCGCGGGCGAGGAGGAGGCCUCUUCAGUGUUGGUGAGACAACAGCCAAGAUCCUGAAGAACAACAUUGAUGUGCGAUUUGCAGAUGUAGCUGGCUGUGAAGAAGCCAAAUUGGAAAUUAUGGAGUUUGUGAAUUUCCUGAAAAACCCCAAGCAGUAUCAGGACUUAGGAGCCAAAAUCCCAAAGGGAGCCAUGCUCACUGGUCCACCUGGUACCGGCAAAACACUUCUUGCCAAAGCAACCGCAGGGGAGGCUAGCGUGCCCUUCAUCACUGUGAAUGGAUCAGAAUUCCUGGAAAUGUUUGUUGGUGUUGGGCCAGCAAGGGUCCGUGACAUGUUUGCAAUGGCUAGGAAAAACGCUCCUUGUAUCUUAUUCAUUGAUGAGAUGGAUGCCAUUGGCCGGAAGCGAGUCCGAGGGCACCUUGGGGGUCAGAAUGAGCAGGAGAACACCCUGAACCAGAUGCUUGUGGAGAUGGAUGGAUUCAACUCCACCACCAAUGUAGUGGUGCUGGCAGCCACUAACCGCCCUGAUAUCCUCGACCCAGCCCUAAUGCGCCCUGGCCGCUUUGACCGCCACAUUUAUAUUGGUCCCCCUGACAUCAAAGGCAGGUCCUCUAUCUUCAAGGUCCACCUGCACCCACUGAAGUUGGCUGAAAGCCUCAGUAAGGACUCCCUGGCAUGGAAGCUGGCAGCUCUCACUCCAGGCUUCACUGGUGCUGAUAUUUUUAAUGUGUGCAAUGAAGCUGCGCUGAUCGCAGCCCGCUACCUGAGUCCUUCUGUUCAGGAGAAGCACUUCAAGCAAGCCAUUGAGAGGGUCGUUGGAGGCCUUGAGAAGAAGACCCAGGUCUUGCAGCCCAGUGAAAAGACGACCGUGGCCUACCACGAGGCCGGGCAUGCAGUCGUGGGCUGGUUCCUGGAGCAUGCAGACCCCCUGCUGAAGGUAUCCAUUAUCCCCCGGGGCAAGGGGCUUGGCUAUGCCCAGUACCUGCCCCGGGAACAGCACCUCUACACAAGAGAGCAGCUCUUCGACCGCAUGUGCAUGAUGCUGGGGGGCCGGGGGGCCGAGCAACUGUUCUUUGGGCAGAUCACCACAGGGGCGCAAGAUGACCUAAGGAAGGUCACACAGAGUGCCUAUGCACAGAUCGUGCAGUUUGGGAUGAGUGAGAGGCUGGGUCAGGUGUCCUUUGACCUCGCACGCCAAGGUGAGGCCCUGGUGGAGAAGCCCUACAGCGAGGCCACUGCCCAGCUCAUCGAUGAGGAGGUUCGGCACCUCAUCAGCUCUGCCUACGAUCGCACUCUAGAGCUGCUGACUCAGUGCCGGGAGCAGGUGGCGUUGUUCCAGGUGGGCCAGCGGCUGCUUGAGAAGGAGGUGCUAGAGAAGGCUGACAUGGUUGAGCUGCUAGGCCCUCGGCCCUUCGCGGAGAAGUCCACCUAUGAGGAGUUUGUGGAGGGCACUGGCGGCCUGGAGGAGGACACAUCCCUUCCUGAGGGGCUGAAGGAUUGGAACCAGGGACAGGAGGAGGGGGACACUGAGCAGCGCUUGCAGGGGAGCCCUACAUAGCACUGCUGUAGUCAGAUCCUCUCAGAGCAACUGCCAGAACCACCAGGACACAUGAAACCAGCGAGAACCACAAACAGGUGUAUUGGGGGCACUCAGGACCCGCAUAGGGGGGCUGGGUCAUGGCAGCAGCCAGCCAGGAGGUGGCUCCAGGUGGCUUCCUUGGCGAACAGCCAAGGAAGGCAGAUUUCUCUCCCAGUCCCUGGGUGUGAUGUCAGCCAGGGUUCUGUGCCCUUGAGAGCCUUACCCUGGCCUUUCCUUUGAGGUGGGACUCAGUUUCCUGAAUGUCUUAAAGUCACUCAUGGGAAGGUCUUGGCUCAGCACUGAUGCCCUCAAAGGCUGCUGAGGGAGACCCAGGGAAAUCAUGAGCCUGUGAAGGGAUUUUUGUCACCAAGGGAAGGCUAGAUGUUAGUCAUGUUAGACUGCUGGGAAGUGGGUCAGUGCUCAGAGAGGAAACCCAGAGCCAUCAAGGAGUGUGGCUAACGGAGGGAGGUGGACCUUGGGACGCACCUGCCUGGGUUAGCCCUGCCCGAGCACCUGGUCUUUGGGCAGGUGAGGCUUACCGACCAGUGUUCCCUAAGGGGGCCUCCUUCCCCACAGAGCGAGGGUCUCCAUGACUGUGCUGGCCCUCAGAUCUCUGUGGCUGCCUCUUGGCCGUGGCGUCACGUUGACCCUCUUCCUUCCCAGUAGGAGGAAGGCUAGCUCCAGCUUGUGAGCUGAAUGCCUUUUUAAUGCCAUGGGCUGAAAAGCCCUUUUCCUUGCCAGAUGUAGUGAAUUUUGUGAAGGCUGUAGGGUUUCAUGAAGGUGUCCCCAUGCGUCCUGAACCUGCUGAGUCACAGGAUACAGAGCUGUGAGCCAUCACUCUUGACCCCCUGGCACCUCUUAGUGCUCGUGAGCUCAGAAAUAGAGGUCCAGCUGGGAAUGGGCACUUUUAACUCUUGUUUGUAAAAUGUACAUUAUUGAAAAUUUAAAUCUCCAGGGCUCAGCCUCCACCAAACCCAGAUUAGCGAAGCCACUAAGGGUCCUGUCAUGGCCUCAUCCUGAGGUCCCUGUGAUGGAGGUGGGGUGCUCUGUCAGGAUGUCACAGCACUGUGGCAGGACCUCCGGGCUGGCAUUGUCAGCAUCGUAUGGUGGUGCUGUGGUGGCCUGGGAAGUGGCUGACCUGGCAAUUGGUUUCUGCCAACACCACCAUAUAGUCACUGGGUCUGUCUCUGAGGCUGGAAUGAACCCAGGCCCUUUGAGUUGAUCUCCCUGCAGGCUCUCCAUCUUCACCAUGUCGGGUCCAGUUGCCCCAGCCCCCAUCCGCCACAGCUGCACGUUGAUGACCCAGACAGUCUGAUGCCAGGGUGCUGAGCCUCAUGUGCCUGUCGGGUACAGGCCUCAUGCUGUUUGUUGGCGCCCCACAGAUGGAGCCUGUGGGAGCUGCGGGCAGAUGGCCCCGGCCUGGUUAGAACUGAGGCAGCUGAGGCAGCUGAGGCAGCCGAGGCAGCCGAGGCAGGCCAGCCUGUGUCCACCUCACCUCCCUCUCUGGGAGUGGGAUUUGCAGUGUCCCGGGAACUAUGGGCCUUCCCUGGGAAACAAACAGGGCAGUUGCAGUCUGACUACCUGAGUCCUCUGCUGGCUGGGUCCCACACCCACCUUGGCUCCUGGGUGAUUGAAGUGGGCAAGAUCUGGCUCCAGGGCUCCCCAGCGACACAGCUGUGGGGGAACAGAGGGGUCUGGGACACCUGCAUGGGGAAGGGGUGUCACCUAGGAACCAGAAACCCAGGGCACUGGUCCUUAAAAUGACACCCAAGUAAAUAAAGCCUGGUGCAGAGAGCCCUUGAGAUGCCAGGCAGAGAAUGACCCAAGGCCACAGAGUGCCCCACACUCGUGUGGGCCCACUGUGCCCUGGUGUCAGCUAGAGAGGAGGAGGCCAUGCUGGGUGUGGUGAUGCCCACCUGUAGUCCUAGCAUUCUGGGAGGCUGAGGCAGGAGGGUCGCUGUGAGUUCAAGGCCAGCCUCUCAUAGUCCAAGGCUGGCCUGAACUGUAUAUCGAGGUCCAGUCUCAAAAAAUAAAAAUAAUAAUAAAAGGGGCUGGGACUGUAGCUCAGUGGAGAGGCUCUGGGUUCAAUCCCCAGAACCACAAAAAAAAAGAAAGAAAAAGGAAGAGUCCACAGGAGGCCUUUAGACGGUGGUGAAGCUUUAAUCCCACUCUGAACGUGCGCUAUGGAAGCUACAGCAGGAAGGUCGGGAGGCGUGGGACACACACUGCAGAGGUUGUGUGGUUUUAUGUCCUUUGGGAACCAGGGAUGGUGUUUACUGGGAGGCCUGGUGUGCGGGAAGUGGCACCAGGGCAGAGGGAAGCUUCUGGGUCCUGGCAGGAGCCCUGCCGCCUGGGUCUCCAGGAGCAUGUGGUGGGAGUGAAGCUAAGGUCCUGCUGCCUUCCCCAGAAGCGUCAGCAGGGACAGGAGGGCAGGUCACUUUGGGGGGAAGCAAGCUUGAACUUGCGCUUCGAAACCAGUCUUGGUUUGUGGUCAGUCCAGACGCCUGUUUGUCCAUUUGCAAUGAACAUCCAUCCUACCAGAGAGCAGUGGGCUGGCCCUUCCAGACCCACCAGAGCCAGGCCACCUCCCUAUGUAACUGCCUGCCUUGGGACCUGGGGAUGGGCAUAAGGGUGUGGCGGGAGGGAGGCCUGCCCCAGCAGUCUAGGCUGUCAGGCAGUUGGCCGUGUGUGGUGUUCCAAGCUGGGGAGGUGCACCGGGCCCUCACCCUGCGGCUGUCACAUGGGACUGAGAGGAGACACGGUCUUGAAGUGGGCUGGGAAGGGGCCCUGGUACCAGCAGUGCCUCCCUGGGCCAGAGGGGUGGGCAAGACGGAGAGUGUGGUGGAGAUGUUUGCCUCGGGCCCACACAUGGCUGGAUGGCAGAGCACCUCGUGGGCCACACCGGGCCCACUCUGGCUUCCAAGCCUCGUGGCACAGGACCUGUGGAGAUUGGGGCUGAUGUGAGGACUGGUCCUACGGACGGGAGGUUGCAGAAGGCCCAGGCUGUGCUUGCUUCAUCCUGAGCCGUAAUAUCAUGGCCCUGUCGUCCCUGUCCAGGCCAGGCCUAGGCAGCAGCUGGAGGUAAGGCUACUGGGCUGUGCUUGUGCUGGGUGCCCAGAGGCCUGUGGCUGGCAGCACUUCCCUGGCUACCAGGAAGCUGGCUGCCAGGUGACAGCUGGACCCUUGUGGGGAGGGUGCAGUGUGUUGCCAGGCCAGGACUGUCUGCGUUUGCCAUCGUGAGGGUAGGUGGCCCAGCAGUGGAGACAGCCUAGUCUUCCUUGGGCCCCUCCACGGUGAGAAAUGUGUCCACGAUCGCAGCUUGCCGCUCCGGGUCUCCAAGCGGCUGCUUCUCUCGGUUCUGCUCGGCCCUCGUCCUCGUCCAGGAGGGGGAGCGUAGGCAGCCUGCUCGGGGCAGUGGGUGCAGACCUGGCGGGAACAGGACAUGGGCUCUGUGGGCCCUGGACGCCUUGAACACAGGGCCUGCCCUACACAUUGAGAUGUGAACGCGGAGUGCGGGCCUUGUCCCCAGAGGCCCUGCUGCCUUGGCCAUGGCUCACAGCUCUGCCUGUGUGACCCAGCACCAUUGUCACCUGUCCCACACGACUCUUCAUUCCCUUCCUAGGGAGAGGCUGUGAGCGCUGGGGGUGGUGGCUGCAUCCAAGCCCCUGCCUAGCCGCAGGCCACUCCGCCCUGUGCACAUCUGUGGGCACGCAGUGGGGCAGAGCUGGAAGGGGCUCAUAUCGAAGGUGGCUGAGCCAGGGUCUCCAGGGAUGCACAGGCUGCCCCCACCUCCUUCCAGGGAGCAGGUGGACAGCAGGCCCACCGGCAGGGUCCUCUGUGGGGUUGCUCCUCCAGUGAGGCCCCAGCAUGUGUGUGGGUGGGCAUCGACCGGGGCCAUGUGCAGGCUCUGGCCUGGCUGGGGUGGGUGGGGGAAGCAGAGCCUGGGCCAGACUGUGGGGUGGGGACUGGCUCCUUUGUUUGCAUGCCCCAGAGCCUUCACUGGGCAACUGAAGAUUGCAUUGAUGACCUUCAGUGCUGGAGACAGACUGAAGGACCCACAGGGCUUAGGAGAGACACCAGGCAGUGCCAUGGGGCCUCCUGGUGUGGAGGAGGCAGACAAAGCAGGAGGGCUGGGGGCCUGAGCCAGUCGGCAUGGUUCUGAACAACCCGUACUGAACUCAGGACUUCGGGCCUGCCAGGUGGACGUGGCACCACGGAGCUACAUCCCCGGCCCUUCUGGUUGCCAUGCUUCGAGAACCAGAGGCGAAAUCAAGUCGGGGUUAAGGAGGGGCCCAGCUUGGCACAUGCAGCUCACCCCACUUUUGUGCUUGGCCCAAGUUAUAAUUAAAGGUCACAUUUAAUACAUUCUACUUUUGAAAGAA